CGCAGUGGUCCCCACGGGCUUGCGCGCGCACUCGCUGCGGGACAAGCUUCUGGAAGCUCAUUGCGGUGGCGUUGGUGCUGUUUGCGGAUGCUGGUGCAGUUUCUGCAGGACUGUAAACUGGAUUCCUGGAACCUUUGAUAUUCCUGGCUGUAUAUAGUACCUGUUGGUGGACUGCACUGAUACUCAACUAGAGUGUGAAGGGACUGGAUUCCUGCCCCUGAGACACAAUGCAAGCUGUAGUGCCCUUGAACAAGAUGACAGCCAUCUCACCAGACCCUCAAACUCUGGCCUCGACUGAACAAAAUGAGGUCCCAAGAGUGGUUACUUCUGGGGAGCAAGAAGCUAUUUUAAGAGGAAAUGCGGCUGACGCAGAGUCUUUCAGACAGAGGUUUAGGUGGUUUUGUUACUCAGAAGUAGCUGGACCCAGGAAAGCUCUGAGUCAACUCUGGGAGCUCUGCAUCCAGUGGCUGAGACCAGACAUUCACACGAAAGAACAGAUUUUAGAGCUUUUGGUAUUUGAGCAGUUCCUGACCAUUUUGCCUGGGGAGAUCAGGAUUUGGGUAAAGUCACAACAUCCUGAGAGUAGUGAGGAGGUGGUGACCCUAAUAGAAGACUUGACCCAGAUGCUUGAAGAAAAAGAUCCAGUCUCUCAAGAUUCUACUGUUUCCCAAGAGGAGAACUCAAAAGAGGAUAAAAUGGUCGCUGUUUGUCCCAAUACUGAGUCCCGUGAAUCUAUAACAUUGAAGGAUGUAGCUGUGAACUUUUCAAGAGGAGAGUGGAAGAAGCUGGAGCCUUUUCAAAAGGAGCUAUAUAAGGAAGUGCUACUGGAAAACUUCAGGAACCUAGAAUUUCUGGACUUUCCAGUUUCAAAAUUAGAGUUGAUUUCCCAGCUGAAGUGGGUUGAAUUGCCAUGGCUGCUGGAAGAAGUCUCAAAAGGCUCCCGACCAGAUGAAUCGGCUUUAGAUAAAAUAAUAGAAAGAUGCCUCAGGGAUGAUGAUUAUGGCUUGAUGGAAGAAUUCCAGCAAUACUGUGGCAGCUCAGAGGAUGAUCACGGUAAUCAGGGAAAUUCAAAAGGAACAGUCACACAAAACAAAACUCGUGGGAGUGGCAGUAGGGGUGAGGAAUUUGACCCAGGUAAAAGCCCCUUUGGACAUAAUUUCAAAGAAACUUCAGACUUAAUUAAACAUCUGAAAGUCUACUUGAGGAAGAAAUCUCGGAGGUAUAAUGAAAGCAAGAAACCCUUCAGUUUUCAUUCAGACCUCGUUCUGAACCGCAAGGAGAAAACCACUGGAGAAAAGUCACGGAAAUCUAAUGACGGUGGGAAAGUCUUAAGUCAUUCUUCAGCUCUUACUGAACAUCAGAAACGUCAGAAGAUUCAUUUGGGGGAUAGGUCCCAAAAAUGCAGUAAGUGUGGGAUAAUCUUUAUUAGAAGAUCAACUCUUUCUAGGAGAAAAAUCCCUAUGUGUGAGAAAUGUCGGAAAGAUUCAUGUCAAGAAGCAGCCUUAAAUAAAGAUGAGGGAAAUGAGACUGGAGAAAAAACUCAUAAAUGUAGUAAGUGUGGAAAAGCCUUUGGCUAUAGCGCCUCACUCACCAAACAUCGGAGAAUUCACACUGGAGAAAAACCCUAUAUGUGUAAUGAAUGUGGAAAAGCUUUUAGUGAUAGUUCGUCGCUCACGCCACAUCAUAGAACUCACAGUGGAGAGAAACCCUUCAAAUGUGAUGAUUGUGGGAAAGGUUUCACCCUAAGUGCUCACCUCAUUAAACAUCAGAGAAUUCAUACUGGAGAAAAACCUUAUAAAUGUAAAGACUGUGGGAGACCCUUCAGUGACAGUUCAUCUCUUAUUCAACAUCAGCGAAUUCAUACCGGAGAAAAACCCUAUACAUGUAACAAUUGUGGAAAAUCCUUCAGUCAUAGCUCAUCCCUUUCCAAACAUCAGAGAAUUCAUACUGGAGAGAAACCCUAUAAAUGUGGCGAAUGUGGAAAAGCCUUUAGACAGAAUUCAUGCCUUACCCGGCAUCAGAGAAUUCACACUGGAGAAAAACCGUAUUUGUGUAAUGAUUGCGGAAUGACUUUUAGCCAUUUUACAUCUGUGAUCUAUCAUCAAAGACUUCAUUCAGGAGAAAAACCCUACAAAUGUAACCAAUGUGAGAAAGCCUUCCCAACUCAUUCACUGCUUAGUCGUCAUCAGAGAAUUCAUACUGGGGUAAAACCUUAUAAAUGUAAAGAAUGUGGGAAGUCCUUCAGUCAGAGUUCAUCUCUUAAUGAGCACCACCGAAUUCAUACAGGAGAGAAACCCUAUGAAUGUAACUAUUGUGGUGCAACCUUUAGUCGAAGCUCAAUCCUUGUAGAACACCUGAAAAUUCACACCGGAAGGAGAGAAUAUGAAUGUAACGAAUGUGAGAAGACAUUUAAAAGUAAUUCAGGCCUCAUUAGACAUCGGGGAUUUCAUGCCGCAGAGUAAUCCUGGAACUACAUUAAGAUGGGGGGAAUUGAAUUCAAAUUGUCAGUUACUGAAACCCUGGGAUAUAAACUUACAAUAUUGAUCAGUAGCUGCAACUUUCAUAAAUUGGCAGGAAAAAUAUUCUUUUGCCCAUCCCUCUUCUUUUCAAGGAUGGCAACAGCUGGUAAACAGUAAUUAGUUGGUAAAGUCACUGGAAAGGGAAGAAUGCAAAAUGAUUCUGAGGCCAAACGAAUUGGAAAAACUCUUUUCUUCAGGGGAUUUCCCUCUGAUUUCUUCCACUACCAUGUAGUGUGAUGGAAAGAGAACUUGACUGCAGUCAGAUAACUCGGAUUCUGUCCCAGUUUGCCAACUAACUUGCUGUAUACACCUUGGACAAGUCAUUUGACCUUUCAGAAUUUUAUUUUUUUCACCAGCAGAAUGAAGGGAUGGGACUAAUGAUUUUUGUCUUUUUUGGUUUUUUAGUUUUUGGUUUUUUUGAUAUUCCUGAUAAUCUCUGAAGCUGUGGACAUAAGUUUUUUUUUUUUAUUAUUUGUCAUUACUUUCAAGUUUCUCUAGUGAAAAAUACCACUAUUCAGGAUGCUGGACUUCUUUUUUUUUUUUUUUUUUCGGCUUUUCUUUUUUGGGAUGGUGUCUCACUAUGUUGCCCAUGCUGGUCUUGAACUCCUGGGCUCAAGUGAUCCUUCCAUCUCAGUUUCCUGAGUAGCUGACAUUACGGGUACACUCCACCAAGCCUGGUUCCCAGGAUGCUGGACUUCUAGCUUAGUGAGAAUGCAGUAUAGUUGUUGAAAACUUUGUACAGGAAUCCCUGAAAUGCUGUAACUAGGAAUGGGCCAGUGAAACUCAAACAACUUUUCCUUGAGGGAGUAUUUUAAUUGGCCAAGGGAGCUCUUUUUCUUUUGGCAUUGGCCAAGGGGACUGAGAAGCCAGAGAGCUUGCAUGGGAGCCAUCUCAGCCGUGAGAGUAACAGUCCUAGGAAAAUAAAUGGGGGCUGAGGCGAAGGAAGUGUGCUGAAAACAGCUGUUCUGGAUGGAUUUUGGUUUGCAAAAAUUCUACUUUAAAACAAUGUUGCCUGUAGCAAGUACAUUUUUUUGCAACUGGAGUGUAAGCUUUCUGUAUGGCAACAGUUAAAAGCUGUUCUAACAAUUUGUCCACUUGGGGUGCGUGUGUGUGUGUGUGUGUGUGUGUGUGUGUGUGUGUGUGUGUACAUUGUUGCCGCUGUCUAAAAUUAGGGCAUUUCAUACUAAAAACAAUGCUUGUCUUAAAAAAUUAUAAGGGCUAACAACACUGGGCUUAUAUUUCUGUAAAGCACUCAGCUGGUCCUGGGUAGCAGCUGCCACCUUUUGAUGGGGAAUCUACUUUCUGACUUAGCUAGUUCUCUCAUGUAUGUAACCUGACUUUCCCACUGUAGGAAUGUUCUGUUAUAACCCCUACCAUUUUGAGAAUAGACACCCUAAAAUCUAAAGAGACCCCAUUGAUAGCAAGUAAAGUUCAGGGAAUGAAUGUAGAAUUGAUACAGAAAAAAUUUUCAGUUAAGUUUUCUUUCGUGACAUUAGACCUCAGAGGAAUGGAAUAUACGGGUAUUGGUGGAUUAUUAUUCCUUAUAAAUUUCAUUGGUGGAGUCUGAAUAAUAAUUUCCAACUGAAAAAGGAACUUAAGGCCCUGAAUGAGUGAGGUUUUGGCUUCAGGUCAUAGGGUUCUGGAGAAACCCCAUGGACAAUGGUCUAGAAAUAAGUUCCUAAAGUUGAAAUUGUAGGCAGCUCCUAUAGAAAGAGAGCUAAACAAGAAAAUUCUUGGUUUAUGGAAGUAAAGCGAUCCUUAAUGCUGAUCUUAGACUCAGGAACAUUUACUGUGACUAAUGUAUGUAGGUGUGAAAUGCUACCUCUGGGAGAAGGUUUUUUUUGCCUCCCCAACCCCAAGCCUGCAGUUUAAAUAUUGCCGUGUGAUAAAUUGGUCUGCAUAGUUAUUGCUCAGCAGACCAACCAAUCACAUGCUAGCCACGAAAGGAAUGUUUAUAAUGAGAAUCAUUCAUGAUGGUUUUAAGUUUUUUUCUGAAAAGACAAAAAACUUGGUUUAAGUUUUGUUUUCUGAAAAAUAUAAUUUAUAGAAAGAGUUGAAGAAACAUGCAAAAGACUUCAGAAAAGACUUGUUCCAGGAUGAUUACUCUUAGACUCCCUAACAUUCAUAACAAUGUUUUAUCCCAGUAUCCAUUGGGAAUCUAGAGUAUAAACAUUUUUUUCAGUGAAUUUACUGAGGUACAAAUUACAUAUCAUUAAAACCAUAUCAAGUGUACAAUUCAGUGAAUUUUAGUAAAUUUGCUGAGUUGUGUAACCAUUACCAUAAUCCAUUUUUUAGAACAUCAUCCCAGUAAGAUCCCUUAUUCCAGUUUACAGUUAAUCUCCCUUCCAACUUCUAAUCCCAGGCACCCACUACUCAGUCUACUUUGUGUCUCUAGAGUUGUCUUUUUCUGUACAUUUUAUGUUAUAUGUGAUCUUUCCAUAUUUUUUUAUUAAUGUGUUUUAAGUUCAUCCAUAUUGUAAGAUACUAGUACUUUAUUCCUUUUUAUCAUAAAUAAUAUUAGAUUAUGUGGAUCCUUUGUACAUUCACUAGUUGAAGAACAUUUGAGGUUUUUCCAGUUUUUGCCUGUUAGGAAUAAUGCUGCUUUGAACAUUGGUAUGCAAGUGUUUUGAACAUUAGCGUGCAAGCCUUUGUGUGGACAUGUUUUCAUUUUUCUUAGGCAGAUGCCUGAGGGGAGUUGCUAUGUCAUAUGGUAAAUUUUUGUUUAACUUUGUUAGGAAACUGCCAAAUUGUUUUCCCAAGUGACCGCAUUACUUUACAUUCUGACUAGUAACGUGUGAGGGUUCCCAUUUCUCUACAAUCUUGCCAGUCAUUGUCUGUUUUUUAAAAAUUACACCCAUUCUAGUGUUUGAAAUAUUCCUUUGUGGUUUUAACUCUGAUUUUCCAGAUGACGAAUAAUGUCAAAGCAUCUUUUAUGUGCUCUUCAGCCAUUCAUGUAUCUUAGUGAAGUGUUUUAUUGCCAGAUUUUUUGUCCAUUUAAAAAUGGAGUUGCUGAUAUUGUGUUGUAAUCCUUUUUAUUCUGGAUAUAAGUCCUUUAUCCAAUAUGAACUUUCUAAAUACCAUGUACUAGCUACAGAGGGCUGCCUCAAACUCUGUUGGAUAAUAAUUUAUCAAAGUCUUGAUUUCAGUAGCUAAGUCUGUAUAAUUUCCUGCGGGACAUUCACUCUGGCCCAUCACCCAAAUAUUUAAAUUCACUUUUGGAUUAAGUCACAUUAUCAAAAGGCUUUAAAUAUCUUUUGAUUCCUUAUAGGAUUGCUUUUAUUAAGAGCACUGUGACACAUUUUACUUUAAAAUGAAGUCCUUGCUUUAAAUAAUGUUUCCUCUUAAUGAGCUUGUAUAAAUUUUUUUCAUAUCACAAGACAAGGCAAGGUUUUUGUCGAUAAAUUAACUUUAUUUAUUUUAGAAUUACUUUUUAAUGUAGUAAAAUAUACAUAGCAUAAAAUUAACCAUUUAAACACUUUUUGGUUAUACAACUCAGUAGCAUUUAGAUAGGUUCACAUUUUUUGCAGUCAUCACCACUGUCCAUCUCCAGAACUUUUUCAUCAUCCCAAACUGAAACUCUGUACUCCUUAAACAAUAAUGCCCCAUUUUCUCCUCCUCAGGCUCCUGGUAACCACUGUUCUACUUCCUAUCUAUACAAAUUUGUUCUAAUUACUUGGCAUGAAUGGAAUCAUACAAUAUUUGCCCUUUUGUGUGUGGCUUAUUCCACUUAGCAUUAUGUUUUCAAGGUUCUGCUGUGUCGUAACACGUAUCAGAAUUUAAUUCCUUUUUAAGGCUGAAUAAUAUUCCAUUUAAUUCCUUUUUAAGAGUGAAUAAUAUUUCAUUGUACUUGUAUACCACAUUUUGUUUAUCCUUUUAUCUGCCAGUGGACAUUUAAGUUGUUUCCACCGUUUUGGCUAUCAAGAAUAACAUUGCUAUAAUCAGUGGUGCUUUCUGUUCUCUUAAGUAUACACCUAGAAAUGGAGUUGCUUUAUCUUAUGAUGAUUCUAUGUUUAACUUCCUGAGGAAAUGAAACUACACUAUUCUAAAUUCCCACCAGCUAUGUGCAAGGGUUUUUUCAAUAUUCCUGCCCUUGCUAACACUUAUUUUCUAUUUCUUUUUUAUAACAAACAUCCUAAUGGGUUUGAAGUGGUAUCUUAUUCUGGUUUUGUUUUGCAUUUCCCUAGUGAUUAGUGAUGUUGACUGUCUUUUUAUGUGCUUAUUGACCAUUUGUAUCUCUUUGGAGAAAUGUUGAUUGAAGUUCUUUGCCCAUUUUUUAAUUGGUUUUGUUGCCAUUGUUGUUUAGGUGUAGAAGUUCUUUGUAUAUCCAGAAUAUAUAAAGAACUUUUCAGGUAAAUGAUUUGCAAAUACUUUCUUCCAUUCUGUGUGAGUUGCCUUUUCAUUCUAUUCUUAAUGCCCUUUGAAAAAAGGUUUUAAUUUUGGUGAAGUUCGAUUUUUCUAUUUUUUCUUUCGUUCCCUGUGCUUUCGUUGUCAUGCCUGAGAAACCAUUGCCAAAUCCAAUGUCAUGAAGCUUUUCUCCUGUUCUAGGAGUUUUGUAGUUUCAGGUCUUAUGUUUAAGUCUUUUAACCAUUUUGAUUUUUAUGUAUGGUGAAGGGCCCAUCUUCAUUCUUUUGCAUGCGAAUAUCCAGUUUUCCCAGCCCCAUCUGUUGAAGAGACUAUCCUUUCCGUAUCAUGCAUUCUUUGCACUCUCGUCAAAGAUCAUUUGACCAUAUACAUGCAUGUUUAUUUCUGACUGUCUACUCUGUUCCUUUGGUCUGUAUGUUUGUCUUUAUGCCAGUACCACGCUAUUUUGAUUACUCCAGUAAUGUUUUGUAAUCAGGAUUACACUGUUUUCCUGUAGUAUGUUUUUGAAAUGAGGAAGUGUGAGGCCUCCAGCUUUGUUCUUUCCCAGAUUGUUUUGGCUAUUCAGGGGUCCUUAAGAUUUCAAAUGAAUUUUAGGAUGGUUGGUUGGUUUCUGUGGAAAACGGCAUGGAGAUUGGGCUUGCAUUGAAUUUGUAGAUCUGUUGGGUAAUGUGGACAUAUUAAUAUGAAACAUUACAGUCUGUAAACCCAAGGUGUCUUUCCAUGUAUUUGUGCCAUCUUUAAUUUUUUCAGCAAUGUGUUAUAGUUGUCAUUGUACAAGACUUUUGCCUCCUUGGUCAAGUUUAUUCUUGAGUAUUUUAUUGUUUUUGAUGCUGUUGUAAAUGGGUCUUUGUUAGUAAAGCAUAACUGAGUUUUGAGUGUUGAUUUUGUAUCUUGCAACUUUGCUGAAUUUGUUUAUUAGUCAUAACAGUUUCUUGUGAAAUUUUUGGGAUUUUUAAAUAUAAGAUUAUGGCAUCUGCAAAUAGAUAAUUUUUCCUUCUUCCCAGUUUGAAUGGCUUUAACUUGCCAAUUGCUCUGGCUAGGACUUCCAUUACUGUGUUGAAUAGAAGCAGCACUAGCAGGCAUCUGUGCCUUUUCCUGAGAUGCUUUCAAUUUUGUAUCAUUCCAUAUGACGUUAGCUGUGGUUUUUUCAUAUUUGACCUUUAUUAUGUUAAGGUAAUUUCCUUUUAUUGAUAAAUUCUUGUUUGAAGGACAGUUUUGCUGGAUAUAGAAUUCUCAGUUGACAGUUUUGUUUUGUUUUGUUUUUUCUUUCUGCGCUGAGUAUAACGACACCACAGCCUUCUAGCUUCCAAGGUUUCUGAUGAGCAAUCAGCAGUCUCACUGAGGAUCCCUUUUAUGUGAUGAUUUGCUUAUCUCUUGCCACUUUUGAGAUUCUCCUUUUCUCUUUGGAUUUCAACAGCUUGAUUAUAACUUGUCUUGGUGUCUCUGGGGGGUGAGGGUAGGAGUCAGUUGCAGUGCUUGCUGCCAUAGUUCAGAACCUGCACCACAAAGACCUUUCCAGUUCUGUAGAGUGGUUUAUUGCUUUAUUAGUGCAAUAGAGAGUCACUGGAGGUUCUCUGUGUGUGUGAGUAUAUGAAUAAAUAUUUAAUUUUGUUUUGCUCUUGUUUUCACCUCAGAAUAGUUUUAUCAGAUGUGGAAUUUCUUGAUCAUUGGGGAGAAAUAUCUUGCGAUUCUGAAAAGCACACCGUCAAAAUGCUUUUCAUAAAAUGUAGCACAUAUUAGGGUUUCUCCCUUGUGUGGAAAUGUUAGUGCCUAUAGAGGUCUGAACUGAGAAAACUUCUCUCGAGCCAGAACACAUGUGAGGUUCCUCUGCUGAAUGAAUCCUUUGGUGCUCAGUAAGUUGCGACUUCCAGGCAAAGUGUUUUUCACCCUGAGAAACUGGUGAGAUACCUCUCUUGGAGUCUUUUUUAUGAAGUCUGAUGUAGAGAGGUUCUUCCAGGUUGGAGUUCUUAGGUCUCUCUCCCUUUUAGAUUAUCAGAGCAGGUCUGAUCAUCUACAAGCUUUGCUAAACCUACCUGUAGCUUUUCUGGGGGGGUGGUGGCGGUGGUGGUGGUGGUGGCCGCAGUGUUCUGCAUUGAUUUUCUAAAUGUUUGUGGUUCUUUUGUAAAGUGGACCCUUGCCUUCUAAGUUAAUGGUGAAUGAUACAUAUUCCCUUCAUUUUUCUGCUUUGAAGCUUCAGUCUUCUUCAUUUUCUCUUCUGAUCUGUCAACACAGUCAGAACUUUCACUUAGCUCUUUGAGCAUCUUUAAGGCAGUUGGUUUAAAGUCUGUCUAGCAAGUCAAUGUUUGGUCUUCCUCGUGUCCAUUUUUUGUUGGUUUAUUUUGUGCCUUUGAAUGGUCCAUACUUUCUUGUUUCUUUGUAUGCAUUGUGAUUGUUUUUGUUGACAGCUAGACAUUUGAAUCUUAAAAUGUGGCAGCUCUGGAAAUCAGAUUAUUCCUUUUCCCC